AUGCCCUAUUCUAUUUUAUUACUUAGCUCGUAUGGUCAAAUAAUUGGUGUUGACUUAUUAGAUAAUGGAUUGUAUUUCAGUUUCGAAGGGCCACUGUUAAGGUUUCCUGCUCAAAUCAGUGAUAUUACUGUUCUGAAACAAACUUUGGAAGCAUUAUAUUUCUUUAAGGAAAGCAUUGUUCACAAAGCAGAAGCGCUAUCGUGUCUUAAUAAUGACUCAGAUCCCUUUAGUAAUAUUUUUCACACUGAAAUAAUUUCGAAGCCCCAACACUGUAAAGCAGAUUUCAUAAGUCCAACGUAUUUUACGCCGCAAAAAGAUAAAAGAAAUGAAUUAAGAUUGUUGUCAUCCAAUAAUCACAUUCAAC